AUGACUUCCAUUGCUGACGAGAUUGAGUACAAACUCGACAAUGUUGAUGUCUCAACAGUUCGACCUGAGGAUAUUGACAAGACCUUCCGUUCAACAUGCAUUGACCUGAUCUCUGGUGGCCUAGGUGGUAAGGUCCUUGGCUACUCGGACCAAUGGUUCUGUGAGGCAUCCAACCUCUUGAACCCCAGGGCUCCAAUUGCUCAGCCAGGCAAGAUGGUCUUCACGGGUGCUUGGUAUGAUGGAUGGGAGACUCGACGACAUAACCAAGAGCCAUUCGAUUACGCCAUCAUCAAGCUGGGCGUCGCCUCUGGCACGAUCGAAGGACUCGAGAUCGACACGGCCUUCUUUAACGGAAACCAUGCCCCAGCUAUAUCGGUUGAAGGUGUCUUCAGCCAAGAUGACGACAAGGUUGUCUCUUGGGGAGGAGGCCGUGGAGAGUGGGAGACUGUCCUCGGCGUCCAAGAGUGCGGUCCUUCUCAGCGCUUUGCCUGGAAGCUCAAGAUUCCUGGCCAAAAGGCAUACACGCACGUGAGACUCAACAUGUAUCCCGACGGUGGUAUCGCACGUUUCCGUCUCUUUGGACACGCCGUCCCCGUUUUCCCUGAAGACAAAGACGCCAUCUUUGAUCUCGCUUCAGCCCAAAAUGGCGGUAUUGCUGUGUCAUGCAGCGAUCAACACUUUGGAACCAAGGACAACCUUAUCAUUCCUGGUCGCGGCAAGGACAUGGGGGACGGCUGGGAAACGAAGCGGUCGCGAGGAAAGUAUCACACUGAUUUCGCCAUCAUCAAGCUCGGUGCGCCUGGCUACAUCGAGAAGUGGAUUGUUGACACUGCACACUUCAGGGGUAACUAUCCCCAAAAGGUGUCUAUCGAAGGUUGUGAGUGGACAGGUAAUGGGGAUCCUGUUGCAGACGCCACAGCUUGGAGGGUUUUUGUUCCUCCUAACAAGACUGGCCCUGACCAGGAGCAUGUGUUUGAAAGCAAUGAGAAGGAAAAGAAGGGUCUAGUAACCCACGUGAAGCUUAUCAUGAUUCCUGAUGGUGGAGUAAAGCGAUUGAGGGCUUUUGGGAGAAGGGCAGUUUAG